GAAUAGAGUCCUACCAGAUUAUUUUGAGGUCUGCCCAUCACAGCUGCUGUGUUUGCAGGAGCAGGCGCUUAAAACCUUCCUUCACUCAGCUUCUGUCUACUCCACUGCUUCUGCUGUGACUAUAAGAAUGGAGAACUGUAGCCAGCCUGCAGAUGAACAGACCCUUGACAGUGUCCCUAUUGUAGAUGUUACCCCUGAUCUCUCUGAGGACCUGAGUAAGCAAUUAGAGGAGAUCAUCAAUUUUUAUCAGGCAGCUGAGAAGGCAGAAGAUAAUGACGAGCUGGAAGAAGAGACAGUCACAGACACCAAAGAGUCUGGAAAGGCAAAGGACCCCAGGCUAGAAAAGAAAAUGCUUAAAGGCCUUGGGAAAGAGGCCAUGCUUCUUAUGCAAAGCCUGAACAAGCUAGGUACUCCUGAGCAGAAACUGGAAGCUCUUAUAAAGAAGCAUGCAGAGCUGCUUGAAGAGUACCGCUCAGAUCAGAAGCAGCUGAAGAUGCUGCAGAGGAAACUGCUGCAGGUGAUGAAAGAGAAAGACCAGCUGCAGAGUGAGCACAGUAGAGCAGUGCUGGCCCGGAGUAAACUUGAGGGGCUUUGCAGAGAGCUGCAGAGACAUAAUAAGACACUCAAGGAUGAGACACUUCAAAGAUGCCGUGAAGAUGAUCUAAAGAGGAAGGAGAUCACUACUCAUUUCCAGAACACACUUACAGACAUCCAGGCCCAAAUCGAGGAGCACAGCAAUCGCAACAACAAACUGUGUCAGGAGAACAGUGACCUGGCUGAAAAACUCAAAAGCCUCAUUGCUAAAUAUGACCAGCGAGAGGCGAAUCUUGAGAAAGUGUUUAAGCAUAGAGACCUACAGCAGAAGUUGUUGGAGACCAAACUUGCUCAGGCAAAUGCACUGCUGAAAGAUGCUCAAGAAAAGCACAAGAUGGAGAGAGCACAUUUACUGAAGCACACCACUGAAGCCAAACUACAAGUGACACUUAUGAAAGAGCAAGAAACUAACAUGAAGGCCCAGCUUGAUGUGUAUUCUGAGAAGUUUGAUGAAUUCAGAGGAGCUGUGUCAAAGAGCAGUGGUGUUUACGCCACGUUUAAACAAGACAUAGAUAAAAUGGCAAAAAAGAUGAAAAAGCUGGAAAAGGAGGCCAGUUCCUGGAAAUUACGCUUUGAUGGUUGUAAUAAAACUCUCAUUGAAAUGGUUGCAGAUAAAGCAAUGAAGGAGAAAGAGUUUGAGCUUUUUACUCUAAAGAUACAAAGAUUGGAGAAUCUCUGUAGAGCCCUGCAGGAAGAAAGAAGGAGUCUCUAUCAGAAGCUACAGGAAAGCCAACCACCUGAAGCUGCAGAAGACACAGCAACUAAAGUGGAGGUAGCAGAAGAAAUAAAAAGUGUCCAUCAGGAAGGAAAGAGCCACGAGGAUGCACUUAGUGAACCCAGUGCUGCUGCAACACUUACUAAAGAAUUAGAGAAUCUGAAGUUGGAAAAGUCCAGACUUGAAGAGGUGGCAGCAACGUUUACAAUAUCUCAUAUCUGUGAGCAGACAGCUCAAGCAGAAGCUAGUGAGGUUUCAGAACACUCAAAGAGUUUACAAGUGUCCCAAGAAACUGCAGAGGACACCACUGAUCUGGAGUGUCACCCUGAAGAAGAGAUAACUCUAUCCACAGAAACAUUGUCUGAUAAAAAUCAAGAGAUUAGAGACAAAGAAAUGGAGACUGUUGACUAAAAUAUUAUUUAAAAAACAUUUUAUUACAUACUAAAGAAUCUGUCAUCAUUUAUCAAAUAAACAAGUUUUUCAAGUGACUACAAGUGUUUUGACUUUUUAAUUUUUCAUACAGGAUAAGUUAAAUGUAGCUACUUUAUAUUCGUCAACUGCAAAUAACCAUCUGUUGGAAAGCUCAGCUGCAAUUUACUGUUUCUGAAU